CUAUAAUCAUGUAAUUACUCAUCAGGAUUAAUAUAUAUACCUAUCAUUUAUCUUUUCGUAAACAUAAAUCUUACAAUCGAACCAUAUAAAUUCGGUAUAACACUGCAUGUAUUUAAAUAAAUAGAUAGAUAUGAAAAGUAUGUAUUUAUUACACUACAUCCACUAUAACACCUUAAAAUUAGUUCUGAGAUCGCUAUUUAUAGUAAUUAAUGUACAAAAAUAGAAAUUCAAUAGCAUGUACGAGGAUUAUGCCCUGACACGUGUAGAUGCUGCAAACACAUGGCGCGACCAUAUUCUUUUAGCCCCAAAAAAGAAAGAAAGAAAGAAAGAAAGUGGCAAGAGAUUACUGAAACAUAUAAUUUUGUGAAAAAACUGCAAAUUUAUUAAUCAAUCGAUUAUCAGAGCCGAUACUUCAAGCAGAUAGCUCUUGACGAAUAUGUAAGUAUAUGAUUGUUCGUAGUGACAGAGAUGGCAGCGAAGGCGAAGCAAGAAUCGAAGAGCGGGAAGGACGAGAGCUACGACGCCUAUUUUGAUACGGUGCAGAGCAGAAAGAAGCUCCCCUGCGCCUUGCAGGAGAAGCUGACAUCUGCGUUUGCAAAAAUCCCCGUCUCGUCCUUCCCUAAAGUCCCCGGUGGGAAAGUUAUCGAGAUUCAAGCCGACAUGUCGAUAGGCGACGCCGUUAGGGUGUUGUCCGAGACCAACAUUCUGUCGGCCCCGGUACUCGACCCCGCGGCUAGUGAUAGUAAGGACUGGAGGAAGAGAUAUCUAGGGAUUGUGGAUUACUCUGCUAUAGUCCUUUGGGUGCUGCAGACGGCAGAGAUCGCGGCGGUCACCUUAUCCGCCACCUCGGCCGCUGCUGCUGGGGUCGGGACUGCUGCUGCCGGCACUAUAGGCGCCCUGGCCUUGGGGGCCACCGGCCCCCUGGCCGUGGCUGGGCUGACCGUGGCAGCAGUCGGGGCAGCUGUGGCCGGGGGCGUUGCUGCGGAUAGAGGGAUGGGGAGAGACGCCCCCACGGCCGCGGACAAGUUAGGCAAGGAUUUCUACAAGGUUAUCCUCUACGAGGAGCCUUUCAAGUCCACCACGGUUAGGUCGAUCCUCAAGUCGUAUAGAUGGGUGCCGUUCGUCCCCGUUGGCCCGGAUAGCUCGAUGCUGAGCGUGAUGCUGCUGCUCUCCAAGUACAGGCUCCGGAACGUGCCCGUGAUCGAGCUAGGGAGCCCCUCGAUCAACAACUUCAUAACUCAGUCCGCGGUGAUACAGGGCCUCCGCGGAUGCAGGGGACGGGACUGGUUCGACUGCAUCGCCGCGAAUCCUAUAUCCGACCUCGGCCUCCCCUUCAUGACUCCGGAUCAGGUGGUGAGUGUUCGAGACGACGAGUUGAUCCUCGAGGCCUUCAAGAAGAUGAAGGAGAAUCAAAUCGGAGGCCUCCCCGUCGUGGAGGGCUCGUCGGGGAAGAUCUUCGGCAACAUAAGCAUAAGAGAUAUUAGGUUCUUGUUGCUCAAGCAUGAACUAUUCACAAAUUUCAGGGAGCUCACCGUGAAGGAUUUCAUAGGAACCGUGGCGUCGGCCACGGACGACAAUGGCAAGAUCGUGACACCGAUCACGUGCCAGUCGAGCUCGACUCUCGGGACCGUGAUAGAGACUCUGGCCUCGAGGGCGGUUCACAGAAUCUACGUGGUCUCGGGGGAGGAGAAGCAGGUGCUCGGCGUCAUCACCCUCAGAGAUGUCAUCUCGUGUUUCAUCACCGAGCCUCCGAAUUUCUUCGAUGAUUACUUUGGUUUCGCGGCUCAAGAAAUUCUGAGCCGAUGAUGCCUUUGAAUGGGACGAGGCCGGAGAUUCUCCGGUGAUCCGUGACCGUUGUCGAUAGGAUUCAAGGCAGAGGGUGGCCAGGUAUAUUGCCUAAGAUCACCUAGGAUGUACAUGCCUUUCUGCUGUGUGUUUGUGUGUGUUUUUUUCUUUUUGGAAUUUUAACUAGAUUGAAUCAUGCUUUAUCUAGUAUUGCAUUUUCCUA